AUGAAGGUUGUGUGCAACCAGUGUAGUCACCACUACACUGGUUGCAUCUGGUGGAUGCUGGCUAGGUGGGAGGUCUUCACUGUACUGUUGGCGGCCUUCACAGCAGCAGAGCAGCAGAAGCGCGAAGCUGAACCCUCCUAUGGCAGCCAUAGUCACAGCCACGAACACAUCCACAGCCACAGCUACGGAUACGGACAUCCCUCCCACGGAUAUGGGGGCUAUGGCGGCGGCACUGGAUUUGGUGGGAUUGGUGGGUUCUCGGGGCUAGGUCACGGUUUGGGUGCUGGAUAUGGCUACUCCGGACAUGGCUAUGGCUACCCCAGCCAUGGCUACGGUCACUACAUAGGCAAACGAGAGGCCAGACCCGAACCCGGUUAUCGUCAUUACGGGCUGGGCGUCGCCUACCACCCAUACGGCGGGGCAUCGUACGUGGCUCCAAGGCUCCAUGGUAACAUUGGCUACGGUGGCUACGGCUUCGGAGGCUAUGGACGUGGUUUCGGUUUCAGUGGAUAUGGCCGCGGCUAUGGUUACUAG